AGUUUUCCUGCUUUUCCCACUUUUCCAUCCCGGCUUCCUGGGAAGCGCUGUCGGGAAGCGAUUGCGGCGCUUCCCGCGGGGUCUGAUUCCCACCGGGAUUCGGGAAUCCGGGAUCCGAUCCCACCGGGAUCCGCCAGGACACGGGGAUCCCGCGGGAAGGGAAGGGAUGCUCCUCCGCUGACGCCCCCGCGGCUCUCCUGAAGAUGGCCGCCCUCCCUGAGCCCCCGGCGCGGCCCCGCAGCAGCUCCUGCCGCAGCCUGCCCAGCGCCCUGGAGGAGACCGACCGGGAUCCCCGGGAUCCCCUCCGGGAUCCCCUCCGGGAUCCCCUCCGGGAUCCGCGGGAGCAGGAGGAGACGCGCAUCCUCAAGGUUUGCUUCUACAGCAACAGCUUCAACCUGGGCAAGAACUUCAAGCUGGUCAAGUGCUCCGUGGGCACGGAGAUCCGGGAGGUGAUCCGCUCCAUCCUGGUCAGCGGCCGGAUCGGGCCGGACAUCCGCCUGUCCGAGUGCUACGGCCUGCGCCUCAAGCACGUCAAAUCCGAGGAGAUCCACUGGCUCCACCCCCUGCUGACCGUGGGCGAGGUCCAGGACAAAUACGAGUGCCUCCACCUGGAAGCCGAGUGGAGGUACGACCUCCAGAUCCGGUACCUGCCCCAGGAUUUCAUGGAGAGCUUCCAGGAGGACAGGACCACGCUGCUCUACUUCUACCAGCAGCUCCGCAGUGAGUACAUGCAGAGCUACGCCAGCAAGGUCAGCGAGGGCAUGGCGCUGCAGCUGGGCUGCCUCGAGCUCAGGAGGUUCUACAAGGACAUGCCCCAGAACGCGCUGGACAAGAAAUCCAACUUCGAGUUCCUGGAGAAGGAGGUGGGGCUGGAGCUCUUCUUCCCCAGCCAGAUGCUGGAGAACCUCAAGCCGCGGCAGCUGCGGAAGAUGAUCCAGCAGACGUUCCAGCAGUACGCGCUGCUGCGGGAGGAGGAGUGCAUCCUGAAAUUCCUGCACACCCUGGCCGCCUUCGCCCCCAUCGACCAGGAGAGCUUCCGCUGCCAGCUCGUCCAAGGAUGGAACAUCACCGUGGACCUGGUCAUCGGCCCCAAGGGCAUCCGCCAGGUGACCAGCAAGGACGCCAAGCCCACCUGCCUGGCGGAAUUCCGGGAUAUCAAAUCCAUCCGGUGCUCCGCCGCCGAGGACGGGCAGGCCCUGCUGCAGCUGGGGCUGGGCGGGACCCCCCAGUCGCUGUCGGUCAAGACGUCGUCGCUGGCCGAGGCGGAGAACAUGGCCGACCUCAUCGACGGAUACUGCCGGCUGCAGGGCGGGUCCGAGGGCUCGCUCAUUGCCUUCCCCAGGAAAGAUCGUGAGAAGAGGAUCAGCCUCCCGCAAAUCCCGGCCCCGAAUCUCGGCGAGAAGCAUUCCACGCUUUCCCACAGCGUCAGCGCCGAUUCCGAGAUUUACGCCGAGAUCCUGGACGAGUCCUCGAGGCCGAGAUCUGGAAUCCAGCACUUCGGGAUCUCCCGGGACGCCGUGGAGCUGGGCCGAAUCCUGGGCGAAGGAUUCUUCGGAGAGGUCUACGAGGGAACCUACACCACGCCCAGCGGGGAGCGGAUCAGCGUGGCCGUCAAGAGCUGCAAGCAGGACUGCAGCCCCGAGAACCGGGAGAAGUUCCUCAGCGAAGCCGUGCUGAUGAAGAAGCUGGACCACCCCCACAUCGUGAAGCUGAUCGGCAUCGCUGAGGAGGAGCCCACCUGGAUCAUCAUGGAGCUCUAUCCCUACGGAGAGCUGGGUCAGUACCUGGAGCAGAACCGGCUGGGCCUGGCCGUGCCCACCCUGGUGCUCUACGCGCUGCAGGUCAGCAAGGCCCUGGCCUACCUGGAGGCCGUCAACUGCGUCCACAGGGACAUCGCCGUCAGGAACAUCCUGGUGGCCUCCCCAGACUGCGUCAAGCUGGGCGACUUCGGCCUCUCCCGCUACAUCGAGGACGAGGAGUACUACAAAGCCUCCAUCUCCCGCCUUCCCAUCAAGUGGAUGUCGCCGGAAUCCAUCAACUUCCGGCGCUUCACCACGGCCAGCGACGUCUGGAUGUUCGCCGUGUGCGUGUGGGAGAUCCUGAGCUUCGGGAAGCAGCCGUUCUUCUGGCUGGAGAACAAGGACGUGAUCGGAGUGCUGGAGAAGGGGGAUCGGCUGCCCAAGCCCGACCUCUGCCCGCCCGUCCUCUACACGCUGAUGACGCGCUGCUGGGACUACGACCCCGGGGAACGGCCCCGGUUCCAGGAGCUGGUCUGCAGCCUCAGUGACAUCUACCUGAUGGAGAAGGAGCUGGCCCAGGAGCAGGAGAGGAACAACCGACACCGCCCUCCCAAAAUCCUGGAGCCGCCGGAAUUCCAGGAGCCGCCCCCCAAGCCCAGCAGGCCCAUGUACAAGCCGCCAUCCCAGAAUAAUCUCCUGGCUCCCAAGCUGCAAUUCCAGCUGCCGGAGGGGCUCUGUGCCAGCUCGCCCGCCCUCGCCAGCCCCGCCGAGUUCCAGAGCCCGGCGCGCUCCCGGCGCUCGCCGCCCCCCGGCCGCCACCACGGCUUCAAGAGGCGCAGCGUCAGGGAGGAGGAUUUCCAGCGUCCCUCCAGCCGGGAGGAGGCGCAGCAGCUGCUGGAGCUGGAGCGGCUGCGGGUGGAGCAGGCCAUGGAGCGCCAGCAGAAGGAGAUGCUGGAGGAUCACCGAUGGCUCCGCCACGAGGUCCAGAGCCUGGAUCCCAAGGUGUUCCUGAACAACAACAUUCCCCCGCUGCUCCCGGAGAAGGAGUCGGAUUACACGCAAUUCACGGGGCCCCCCCAGAAGCCUCCAAGACUUGGGGCUCAGUCCAUCCAGCCGGCGCCCACGGCCAACCUGGACCGCACGGACGAUCCGGUCUAUGGGAACGUCAUGGAUCUGGUGCGGGCCGUGCUGCAGCUGAAGAACGAGAUCGGCCAGGUGCCGCCCGAGGGAUACAUCCUGGUGGUCAAGAACAUCGGCCUGUCCCUCCGCAAGCUGAUCGGCAGCGUCGACCACGUCCUGCCCGACCUCCCGCCCUCCUCCCGCACCGAGAUCGAGGGCACCCAGAAGCUCCUCAACAAGGACCUGGCCAACCUCAUCGGCAAGAUGCGCCUGGCCCAGCAGAAUUCCGGCACCUCCCUGGGCGCGGAAUUCCGCCGGCAGAUGCUGACGGCCUCGCACGCCCUGGCUGUGGACGCCAAGAACCUCCUGGAUGCCGUGGACCAGGCCAAGCUCCAGGCACGGCUGGUCAAGCCCUGCUCGGAAUGACGGAAAGUUCCGGAAAAAAGCUCCGGAAAGUUCCGGAAAGUUCCGGAACCGGUUUCUCCGUUGUUUUUUUUUUGGGGGGGGUUUUCCCGCUCUUCUUCCUCCUCCUCCUUCCCGUUUUUCCUCCUCUUCCUCGCCCUCCUGCCGCUGCAGCCGCCGCGUGUGUGUCCAAGUGUCGCGUCGCGCUUCGGGAGGUUGGAGGCAUCUCGGGGGGGUUUUUUCCUUGGGGAAAAAAAUGGAGGUUUUGGGGGUUUUUCUUUGGGAAAAAUGGAGGUUGGACAAAAAUGGAGGUUGGACAAAAAAUGGAGGUUUUGGGGUUUUUCCUUGGAAAAAAAAUUGAGGUUGGAAAAAAUGGAGGUUGGACAAAAAAUGGAGGUUUUGGGGUUUCUCCUUGGAAAAAAUGGAGGUUGGAGAAAAAAUGGAGGUUUUGGGGUUUUUCUUGGGAGAAAUUGAGGUUUUGGGGUUUUUCCUUGGAAAAAAAUGGAGGUUUUGGGGUUUUACUUGAAAAAUUGAGGUUUUGGGGGUUUUUCCUUGGAAAAAAUGGAGGUUGGACAAAAAUGGAGGUUGGACAAAAAAUGGAGGUUUUGGGGUUUUCCUUGGAAGAAAUGGAGGUUUUGGGGGUUUUCCUUGGAAAAAAAUGGAGGUUAGAAAAAAUGGAGGUUGGACAAAAAAAUGGAGGUUUUGGGGUUUUUCCUUGGAAAAAAAAUUGAGGUUUUGGGAGUUUUCUUGGGAAAAAUGGAGGUUUUGGAGUUUUACUUGAAAAAUGGAGGUUUUGGGGGUUUUUCUUUGGAAAAAAAAAUGGAGGUUGGACAAAAAAUGGAGGUUUUAGGGUUUCCUUAGAAAAAAUGGAGGUUAGAGAAAAAAUGGAGGUUUUGGGGUUUUUCUUGGAAGAAAUGGAGGUUUGGAGGUUUUCCUUCGAAAAAAAUGGAGGUUUUGGGGUUUUACUUGAAAAAUUGAGGUUUGGGGGGUUUUUCCUUGGAAAAAAUGGAGGUUGGACAAAAAUGGAGGUUGGAAAAAAAUGGAGGUUUUGGGGUUUUUCUUGGAAGAAAUGGAGGUUUUGGGGUUUUUCUUGAAAAAUGGAGGUUUUGGAGUUUUACUCGAAAAAUGGAGGUUUUGGGGGGUUUUCUUUGGAAAAAAAUGGAGGUUUUGGGGGUUUUCCUUGGAAAAAAAUGGAGGUUUUGGGGUAUUACUUGAAAAAUGGAGGUUUGGGGGGUUUUUCCUUGGAAAAAAUGGAGGUUGGACAAAAAUGGAGGUUGGACAAAAAAUGGAGGUUUUGGGGUUUUUCUUGGAAAAAAUGGAGGUUUUGGGGGUUUUCCUUGGAAAAAAAUGGAGGUUUUGGGGUUUUUCCUUGGGAAAAAAAUGGAGGUUUUGGGGUUUUUCCUUGGGAAAAAAUUGAGGUUUUGGGGUUUUACUUGAAAAAUGGAGGUUUUGGGGUUUUUUCCUUGGAGAAAAUGGAGGUUGGACAAAAAUGGAGGUUGGAGAGAAAUGGAGGUUGGACAAAAAAUGGAGUUUUGGGGUUUUUCUUGGAAGAAAUGGAGGUUUUGGGGUUUUCCUUGGGAAAAAAAAUGGAGGUUUUGGGGUUUUACUUGAAAAAUGGAGGUUUUGGGGUUUUUUCUUGGUAAAAACGGAGGGUUUGGGAUUUGCUUGGAAAAAAUGGAGGUUUUGGGGGUUUUUCCUUGGAAAAAAAGUUUUGUGGGUUGGGUGGGGGAUCCGGCGGGAUCCAUCUCGGCGCAUCCAGGGAUCCAUCCUGGGAUGGCCGCGGGCGGCUCGGCGGGACGGGGACCUGGAGCGUGCCGGGAGCCGAGGGCAGCACGGAUUCUUUUUUUGGGGGGAAAUUCCCGGAAUUCGCCGUUUCCUUCUCCCCCCCUCGGAGGUUGGACAGAAGAAUUUAUUUCACGACGGCUUCCGGAACCUUCGGAAUUUUGGGAGAUCGGUGCCUCUUCCAGCCGCGUAAUUCCCAAAUUUUUGUGCUCCGGCGGGGUUCGCGCUUCCGGUUUUCCCCCGGCGUUUUUCCUGCAGUUUUUUUGUUGUUUUUUUGGGGUUUUUUCCCCCCAGCUGAGAUAAACUGUGCGCCAAAUCCUG